CAUACUAAUUUCCAAAAAUAAACCAGACGCUGUGCAAGUCGCCGACGUGCCGCUCUCUAACAAACAUUUAUUAUUUGAUAGUCAUACAACAAUGCCGUUAAUAAAACAUCGAAUAAUAGUUAUAUCGUUUGCGCUGCUUUUUGCGUCUGCUGAUGCACUUCGUAGUGCUUCUUUUCCCAUAGGAGGUUUGUUUAACGAACAAACGCUGCCCAGUUCAUCAGAGAUUUUUAAAAAUAAGGUAGAGAAAAUCGGCUCCACAGCUUACCACGGAAGAUCUUUGGAAUCCAGUGUAGUUGAUAGUUAUUCAAUAUCUUUGGAGUUGUGUCCGUACACUGCAGAUAAUCAUGGAAUUGUAGCAUUGAUAGACGCGAGGCCUACUGAUGGGAUCUGUGAUAUUACCUGUCUCCUAUGCAAUAGACAUAACGUGACUCAUAUUUCAAUAGGAUGGGAACCUAUAGAUACCUUAGCUACAGAUUUAUAUACAUUUCAAUAUCAUCCACACCCCAAUAUGAUUUCUAAAGCGUAUGUCGCUCUUAUAAAGUUGUUGCAGUGGGAUAAAUUCACGAUACUUUACGAGGAUGAAGGCAGUUUUAUACGUUUAGAAGAAAUAAUAAACACUUGGGAUAAUAUUCGCGAACCUAUCUUGUUCAGGAAAUUGGAUCCCAAAGGAGAUAACAGAGAAACUUUCAAAGAACUGCUUAAAGUGGCACAUAUGAAUUAUCAUAUAUUGGAUUGUCAUUUUAAUAACAUACACAAAUAUAUGUCCGAGAUUACUCAAGUCGAGAAUUCAACAGAAUAUCAGAGUUUUAUCUUGACAAAUUUAGAUGCAUAUACGUUGGAUUUUGAAGGAAUGCCGGCUCUUAUGGCGAAUGUAUCUACUUUACAUCUAACGACACAUAUUGAUGAUGUGAAGUGGCAGGAUUUUGGAAUUAAAACUGACGACGAAGCAAUUCAGUUGGAAACAGCGCUAGUUGCAGACGCUUUGAACCAUGUCGAGAAAGCUAUGAGAGUAAUGAUGGAUAAGCCCGGCAAUGUAUUGAAGCUAUCGCAUAUACCUUCUCCUCCAGAACUGUGUGCCAGAACUUCAAAAGCUAAAUAUGAAGAGUUUGCAUGGCCUUGGGGAAAACAGCUGCGGGAGGCUUUGAUUCAGACUACAUUUAAAGGUUUUACUGGCUUUAUAGAGCUUGACGAAGAAGGCAAACGAAAAAAUGUUGUCUUACAUUAUUCGAAGUUGGGUAAAGACAGUCGAUUUAAGUUGGCAGGCACGUGGGAAUCUAGAACCAACAUAAUUAAGACAGAGCGGAUUGUAAAUGAUCGUUCAACAGCGACCAAACCAAACUCCAAAAUAAGAAUAGCAACUAAAAAAGAUCUCCCAUAUUUCGAUGUAGUGGAAAACGAUAAUGGGACGUUUUACAGAGGAUUCGUUGUAGAUCUUAUCGAAGCUAUAUUUAAUCAAAUUAAAAACGAAACUAACAUUGAAUUAGAAUAUGAAUUCUAUAGAGUUGCUGGUGACAAACUUGGAAAUCCCAUCCCAAAAACUAAGAAAUGGGACGGUAUUUUAGGAGACCUAAUUGAUCAUAAAGCAGAGCUCGGUGUUGCUGAUAUAACUAUAACUGCGGAAAGACUCACAGCUGUAGAUUUUUCGACACCAUUCAUGGUUUUGGGCAUAAGCAUGCUAUUCAAAAAACCAGUACAGCCACCACCAGACAAGUUUUCUUUUAUGAAUCCAUUGUCGUUGGACGUCUGGUUGUAUUUAGCAACUACUUAUAUAAUAGUGUCAUAUAUCUUGCUGAUUUGUGCGAGAAUGAGCCAGGAAGACUGGGUCAAUCCACAUCCAUGUAAUAUGGAACCUGAAAAUCUUCAGAAUAUAUGGGAUUUGUAUAAUUGCAUGUGGUUAACUAUGGGCGCUAUAAUGACACAAGGCUGCGAUAUAUUACCACGAGCACCAGGCUCUAGGUGGAUCACCGGUAUGUGGUGGUUUUUCGCAUUGAUCGUGACUGCUUCAUACACAGCCAAUAUGUCCACUUUCUUGAUCAACAAUCGACGCACUAACUUCAUUAAAGACGUUAAGGAUCUAUCGGAACAAACAAAAGUUUCAUACGGGGCUGUGGACAAUUCUUCAACGUUUAAAUUCUUUAAGAAUUCUAAUGAAUCUUUAUAUCAAAAAAUUUGGACAGUUAUGGAGACUACCAGACCUUCAGUAUUCACGAGCUCGAACGAGGAAGGUCUACACCGUGUGCUUAAAAGCGAAGGAAAAUACGCGUUCUUCAUGGAAUCUACAGCAAUUGAAUAUUACACAAACAGAUAUUGUGAUUUAAAGAUGGUCGGAUCAAAAUUAGACUCAAAAGAAUAUGGAAUCGCAAUGCCAAAAAAUUUUCCGCGUAAAGGAUUGAUUGAUCACGCAAUUUUAUCGCUACAACAAUUAGGAGAAAUAACAAGAUUGAAGACGAAAUGGUGGGAGAUUGAAGACAACGACCCUAAACUAUGCGAAAAUAAGGAUUCGGACAACCAAGAAGGCCAAGGUUCUUUGCAAAUGGAGGAUACAAGUGGUAUCUUUAUAGUUCUUGGAGCCGGAGGUAUAUUAGGACUUUUUGUUGCCAUCAUAGACUUUUUACUGUACGCGCAACAGAUUAGUGUUAAAGAAAAGGUCACAUUUCGUGAAGCUUUACUCAGUGAGUGGAAAUCGUCUUUGAAUCCUAGAGAAUUGCAUCGAUUGGCCGCGCCCCCACGUUCGGCGGCUCCUUCCACCGCCACUCCAUCACCGGAAAGAGAGCGAUCUAGAUCUAGAGCAGUUUCCGUCAUCAGAGCUGCUUCCUCAUUCAUUAAUUUUGACGAGAUCUACUAAAUUUGAAUAAUUUAGAUGUAAUACUUAUUAAUGGUAAGGCCUAUAGUGAGUACGAACCAUUGUACCAACGGUAUGUGUUUUGCAGUAAAUGUAUGAUUUUUUUAUUCAAUAAAAUGAAUGAGA